AUGGCUUUGCGAAUAAGUAUUUCUGCCAUCAACGAGCUUGACUACAAAGAAUUUAUUCAUAGGUUUGGAAAUGUUGUGGAUGGCACCUCUUCUUUUGCAGCGGCUUUGUUCUCCAAGAGACCAUUUGCAUCAUUUUACCAAUUCGUCACAGCGAUGUGGCAGCUUUUGGACGACCUUCCGGAAGAUGGUAAAGAAGGAAUUCUAAGAAACUACUGUCACUUAGCAAGCCGCUGGGAAGCUUUAUCAGUGGAGUCCAAAAGCGAGCGGACACAGACUGGAAUAAGCAUCAAAUCCCUUAGUACCGAAGAAACUCGGGAUAUGGAAUAUUUCAACGAGAUGAACAAAAAGAAGUUCGAGUUUUCUUUCGUGACUUGUGCUCGUCUAAACAAUAAGGAAGCUAUACUGCAACAAUUUCGUGCGCGUUUGAACAAUGAUAGGAACAGAGAAAUCGAACACAGGAUCGAAGAAGUAUAA